AUGGGCUCUCUCCUCCCCAUUCUUGACCUCAACGCCUCCCCUAAUCCCUCUCAACCCGCCACCGCCGCCGCCGCCGUGGCUCUCAAGGUCCCCAAAAUCGAACCCAAAGCCGAGCCUUACGAUGACCCUAUGCCGCCGCCGCAGACCACUCCCCAACCGCCGUUGGAUCUUUUCCCCAAUCCCCAAAUUACCCCUCCGGUGGCCCCCCAAAUUACUCCUCCGGUGGUCCCCGCCGCCGACCAGGACACCGUCUACUCCGAGUUCCACCGCAUUCAGGAGCUCUUCCACACGGCAUUCGCCAAGGGGAUUCAGAACUGCGACGGGGGCGGCGGAGGCGGAUGCGACGAGGACGGCGUCGUUUUGGACCCGGAGUCCGGCGCGAUUGUCCCGGUGGAGGACGCCAGCCAGAAGCAGCAGCUGGCGGAGGUGGUGCAGCGGAAGAAGUACCCGCAGCGGUCGAACGAGCUCGUCCGCGUCACCGAUCUCAGGGAAGAGGACCACCGCUACUUCCGUGAGGUCGUCAGAAAGACCCGGAUGCUCUACGAUUCGAUUCGGAUCAAUUCGAUUGCCGAAGAAGACAGGAAGAAUCCGGGUCAGGGGAAACGGACCCGGGGCGACUUAAGGGCCGCGUCGGUGCUCCGGGACCGGGGCCUGUGGCUCAACCGUGACAAGAGAAUUGUGGGGUCCAUUCCCGGUGUCUAUGUUGGUGACCUCUUCUUUUUCAGGAUGGAGCUUUGUGUGGUUGGGAUACACGGCCAGGUUCAGGCCGGAAUUGACUAUCUUCCGGGGAGCCAGAGCUCCAAUAGGGAGCCGAUUGCGACCAGCAUUAUUGUCUCCGGCGGGUACGAGGACGAUGAGGAUGCAGGGGAUGUUAUUAUCUACACGGGGCACGGAGGGCAGGACAAGUUCAACAAGCAAUGUGCUCACCAGAAGCUGGAGGGAGGCAACUUGGCGUUGGAGAGGAGCAUGCAUUACGGGAUUGAGGUGAGGGUUAUUAGAGGGAGGAAGAUACAGAGUGUUGUUUCGCAGAAGGUGUAUGUUUAUGAUGGGUUGUAUAGGAUUCUCGAGACUUGGCUUGAUGUUGGCAAGUCAGGGUUUGGUGUGUAUAAGUUUAAGUUGCUGAGAAUCGAGGGGCAGCCUGAGAUGGGGAGCUCGAUACUUAAGUUUGCGGAGAGUCUUAGAACUAAGCCUUUGACUGUGAGGCCGAGGGGUUAUCUUAGUUUGGACCUUUCACAGCAGAGGGAGAAGAUACCCGUAAGGCUUUUCAAUGACAUUGAUGCUGAUCAGGACCCGUUGUAUUAUGAGUAUCUUAGAGCACCUGCAUUUCCGACUCAUGUGUAUCAUCAGUCGGCAAAUGGUACUGGCUGUGAAUGUGUUAAUGGUUGUAAUCAAAAUUGCAUUUGCGCUAUGAAAAAUGGAGGGGAGUUUCCUUAUGAUCAGAAUGGGUUUCUUUUGAGGGGGAAGCCUGUGGUAUUUGAGUGUGGGAGCUUCUGCCGUUGCCCCCCAUCUUGUCGGAAUCGUGUCACUCAAAAUGGAAUGAAGCAUAGACUGGAAGUGUUUAGAUCAAGGGAAACAGGUUGGGGAGUUAGAUCUUUGGACUUGAUACAUGCUGGUGCUUUUAUAUGCGAGUAUGCAGGAGUUAUUCUCACUAGGGAGCAGGCUCAUAUUUUUUCCAUGGAUGGUGAUAGCUUGAUUUAUCCCCAUCGUUUUGCUGAUAAAUGGGCUGAAUGGGGAGAUUUAUCUCAGAUCUAUCCUGAUUAUGUGCGUCCAACUUAUCCGGCAAUCCCACCGCUGGAUUUUGCAAUGGAUGUGUCCAAAAUGAGGAAUGUCGCUUGUUAUAUGAGCCAGAGUUCUACUCCGAAUGUAAUGGUGCAGUUCGUUCUGUAUGAUCACAACAACUUGAUGUUUCCUCAUCUUAUGCUAUUUGCGAUGGAGAACAUUCCUCCUAUGAGGGAGUUGAGCCUUGACUAUGGGGUGGCUGUGGCUGAUGAAUGGACAGGGAAACUUGCUAUCUGUAACUGACUAAUUUUGAAGGUGUGAUAUGAAUCAUGCCGACAGAGUUAUGGGAAUAUGCUGCCGUAAGAUAACAUUCAGGCCCUGUUUACGGAAUUUUGCUAUCUUGCAUCUGUUCCCUGGUCCUGAAGUUUUGUAGAUGCUGGCAAUGUAAAUUUUCCUGUUAGAUGAUCCGAAUUGGCUUGGCAGAUGUACACGACAAUUGCAAUCACCAGGUGGAGAAAAAAAAAAAUGCAAUUACGUUGCUAGCUGACCAAGCCACAGACGUUGCUGCAAUGGUGCACCUGACUUUUUGACAGUUUCUGUCUUCUCGACUUUUUGGAUGACGAAGUCUGCACAGCUAUGCAAUUCCACUGGGACUGACAAUAGUUGCUUUUAGGUUUAUUAAGCUUGUAAUCACAACAGUACUAAUCUCGUGUACCAUACUUGUAGCAUUGUAUAUAUAAAUGACAAAUGGCUGAAGUUUGUACAGAAAUUGUAUAACCAGUGCUCCCUCUUAUGUUUGCAAAGAUCCAAUUGUUU